CAAAUAAAAAUUCAUUAAAAUGAAAGAAACUAAACUCAGUGAUGAUGUAUUUGAGCAAAUAAAAGAUUUUGUCCGUUGGAAAUUAACUGAAGAACAAAAAUCUUUACUUAAUAAACUUAUAUUAAAUGAGGAAUUAAAAAAUUGUUAUUUAAAAUAUGGUCUUUGUGAAGAAUGUAAACAGCCUGAGAGUUAUUAUGAUUGGUGUUAUUAUUGUAAAUCUAAAUGUUUUAAACAAAAUUUCAAGAAUUGGACUAGUGGAAAUCAUGUUGUUGAUAAAUUUAUCCAAGUACAAUUAAAAGCUAAAAAUAAGACUCAAGUUUUAGAAUGGAUUGAAUAUGAUAGAUUUGGAGAUAUUGAAUAUUUGGCCAAGGGAGGAUUUGGAACUACUUUUAAAACAAUUUGGAAAGAUGGUUAUAUUUCUGAUUGGAACUCUAAUAAUAAUCAAUGGGAUAGGUCAGGAGAAGAAAAUGUUGCUUUAAAAUGCUUGCAUAAUUCACAAGACAUUACGACCGAAUUUUUAAGAGAAGUUGAAUCAAAUAUUUUAGUAAGUAGCGUCGAUGGUUGUAUAGUUCGUUGUUUUGGUAUUACUAAAGAACCAAAAACAAAUAAUUUUAUGAUGGUAAUGGAAUUAAAAGAAGGUAACUUAAGACAAUAUUUAAAUGACAAUUUUACUUUAUUUAAUUGGGAACAAAAGUUGCUUAAUAUAGGUAGAAUUGCUAAUGGUCUUAAAGAAAUUCAUGAUAAAGGAUUAAUUCAUCGUGAUUUUCAUUGUGGUAAUAUAUUAAGAGAUCAUCAUAAUGAAGCUUUUAUUACUGAUUUGGGGUUAUGUCAACCAGCAAGUACAGAACCUUAUCAGAGUGAUAAUAAGAAAAUAUAUGGAGUGCUACCUUAUGUGGCUCCAGAAGUUUUAAGAAGAAAAGAAUAUACACAAGCGAGUGAUAUUUAUGGAUUUGGAAUUAUUGCAUAUGAAAUCUGUACAGGUUUACCUCCCUAUCAUGAUAUAGCUCAUGAUGAAUUUUUAGCAAUGAAAGUCUGUCAAGGGUUAAGACCAAAAGUCAAUUAUAAAAUUCCUCAAAUAAUUUUUGACAUAAUUAAUAAAUGUUGGAAUGCUGAACCAUCAAAACGGCCUGAAAUAAAAGAAUUAUAUAAAUUAUUAUGGGAUAUAAAUUUAGUAGAUGUUAUUAAAGAAGAUUCUAUAAUUUAUAAGCAAAUCAAAGAAGCAGAAGAAAUAAACAAGAAGUUACCUUCAACAGUACAAUCAUCUUCAUUAUCCACUAGUAAUUUCUCAUAUACAACACAUCCUAAAGCAGUUUAUACAAGCAGGCUUUUAGAUUUUAAAAACCUUCCAGAACCAAAAAAUGCUAAUAUUGAUUAUAGUAGUAAUUCUUUUGAAACGGAAUAUUCAGAAUCUAUAAGGAUGGAUUUUACCAAACUCGAUAUUAAUUCUAAAGAUAAAAGAAUUGAUUAAAUAAGUGUAAAUAUUCUGAAUAUUAUGCUCGUUAUUAUAAUCCAAUCUAUGAGUAUAGAAUUAAAACUCUUUUGAUGAUAAAGUUGCAUUUAAUUCCUUGAUUACAAAUGUAAUUUUAAUUAAUAAAGUAUAAUUAUUAUUAUGUGCAAAUU